AUGCAGUUGCAUAAUACUACGAAUACCAGGCCAUGCGGUAUUGCCCACGUCUUACCCGACCUCAGCGAGGCCUACUUGCCCCUUGAGAAGGCCGACAUUCACGCGGAUGUCAUCGACGUUUCCGCGAUUGUUACGAUCACCCAGCACUUCUGGCAGUGCUCGUCUGGCGGGCUCCAGAAGGCCAGAUAUGUCUUCCCCGUGCCUGCCCGAGCCGCUGUCUGCGGCUUCAAGAUGACGACCGAGGAUGGCACAGUCAUCGCGGCUGUCGCGAAGGAGAAGGAAGAGGCCAAACACGAACACGAGCAGGCCAUCUCUCAAGGCCGUGUGACGGGUCUUGUCGAGCACGUCGCCGAUGAUAUCUUCUCUAUCUCCCUUGGGGCGCUCCCUAGCUGCCAGAUGAUACAAGCUCACAUUACCGCAAGUUAUGUUCUCGAUCUGAUGGAUGAGGACGCCUGCGAUCAGGUUCGGAUACAGAUUCCCGUGUAUGUCGGCAUGCGUUACGGCAAGCUGCCGGAUGGGAUGAAAGGUACAUACCAGAUCCCUCCGCACCGUAUCAGUAUCUCUGCAGACGUGCGAGUGCAGGGUGCGGUGAAGAACAUCACGAGUCCCACCCACCCGGCUGUCAUCGUCUCAGACGGCAAUGCCACCCAUACGUCCCGUAACGCAAGCUACACUUCUCCCGAAUUCCUCACUCAGGAUUUUGUUUUGUCUGUCACCGCCGAUGGACUGGACGCACCCCGAUGUUUCUGCCAGAAAGCCAAGAACGGGACUACAGCUAUCCAGCUGAACAUCGUCCCGAAGUUCAACUUGCCCUCGAUUCCGAAGCAGGAGUACAUCUUCCUCGUGGACCGCAGCGGCAGCAUGAAGGGAGACAGGAUCGAGACUGCGAAGAAGACACUCGUAAUGCUCCUUCGUGCUCUGCCCAGUCAAGACACGCACCUCAACAUUUUCAGCUUUGGCACGCAGUGCAACAGCUUGUGGAAUCAGAGCGUCCCCUACGAUGAACAGACCCUCGGGGUGGCUACUCAGCAUGUCGAUGGUAUGCUUGCGGACUAUGGUGGGACGGUGAUACAAAGUGCGCUACAGCAAGUCUUUGCGUCGCGCAGGGUAGACAUUCCAACGGCCUGCUUCGUCCUCACAGAUGGUCAGGCUCAUAACAUUGACGAUACGCUCGGGGCCGUGGAUCACGCCGUGAAAGCCGCUACUUUAGACGCACCUUUGCGCGUAUUUACCCUCGGUAUCGGCGCAACUACUUCCACAGCCUUGUGCGAAGGUAUCGCUCGAGUGGGGAACGGGGUUUGCCUCAUGGCGACGGCGUCCGAGAGCAUCAUGGGGAAGUGUUCGAAACUCCUUCGCGCCAGCCGUACCUAUAUCCUGAAGAAUGUCACUCCGGAUUGGGGAGUCCGCGUGGAGGCUUAUCAUACUGGGAACAACGAACUCAAGGGCGUCCUCCAGGCGCCUGCGCAAGUGUCCUCCAUCUACCCCGGCAACCGCUUUAUCGUCUUUGCGCUGGUCGAAGACGAGAAGUUUACGCCCCCGCAAGAGGUGGUCAUUUGCGCGCAGCGCGACGGGCACGGCCAGAUCUACCGCUUCUCCAUUCCGGUGCAGACCGUCGAGCUCCCUUCCGAUUCUCAGGCUCUCAUUCCAACCCUCGCUGCCCGUCGAGCCAUCAUGGACCUCGAUGGCAGCAGCAAGGCACAGUCCUCUCCAGAUGUCAAGGUCACUAUGGUCAGACUAGGCACCGAAUACCAGCUCGCCAGCAAGUAUACCUCGUUUAUCGCUGUUGACAGGCGGACGAUGUCGGAGAUCGCGGACGAGCAGGCGUGGCUCGUGCAACGGCGGCCAGAAGCUGCGCGCGCUGUUCUUUUCUACGUAUCCUCAAGUCACGCCAGAUCUCAACGUGGCAUAGUCCUCACCUCACCUCGAGUGGUCAUGCACUGUAGGGACGCUCAACUGCAGUCGACGACUGUGGCCACAACGAAUUCAGCUACGAGUCCAGGCGCGCCAAUGCCCUCUGCGGCAGAUCGUCCACAGGAAGCCACGCCUAGCGACGACGCACCUCGCUUCACGGACUCGCGCGUGCUGUCUCUGAGCGACAUGCCGGAGUUCGCUAUAACGAUCGAGGACAAGGUGCUCGCGAUGGUCCGCCUCCAGUCCUUCGACGGGUCGUUCCGAGGCACAGACAGGCUCGAAGCCCUCAUUGGACGUCGAGUCUUGGCGGAAUGUACCCUCAGUGUUGUGUCGAAGGUGUGGGCGACGGCGCUAGCGAUCGCGUUCCUCAAGAAGCACAUGAAAGACCAGCUGGAGCUCCUUGAUGGUCUCGUAGAGAAAGCCACGGACUUCAUAUCUCGCACGUCCAACGUGGACAUCGAGACUCUUCUUGCUCAUGCCGAGACAUUCGUCCCUUAAGGCGCAUCCCUGCUCUGAAAGGAUGAUGCGUUGCUAGAAUCACUGAACUUGUAGUCAUGUGGUUAUGCAGAGCGAUUGCACGUAUGCUCUGACAACUCCUUUCAUAGUGUUUGCUGAGCUUGACUUGGCAGAGAUUGGACGGAUACGGAGCCGGUUUGUGGGACCUGUGGCUUAUUGGAUUCUUUAUUUCGCCAGACUGAUACAAUAUGCCGUGCCUCAUGUGCUCAAUCUGUCCGCAGUAUAUUACCGUUUGUGGUCCCUGAAAAGAAUGCGAUUCUAAUAGAUUGCGGCGG